AUGACGCCCUACAGCAAAUUUAAAGUUAUGAAAGAAACCCCAGCUGGGCUCAUUGCUGAGAACCUUCUCAAAGCCAAAGAAAUAGCCCUCAAUGACUCUCGUGUGCCUGAACAGCUGAAGAAUUACUUACAAAAAGCUCUUGAUGUUGCUCUCGGACUAGACCCUUACCUGGAUGCAAUGGCAACUGCACAGAGAAAAGCUUCACCUGAUCAUGGCCCAGGGGAGGCUGGAGGAACUGAAACCAGAGUUUGGCUGCAGGAAGAAUGCACCUCUGCCUCUUUGAAUGGCAAGUUGGCCAGCCAGGAAGAUAAAAUUGCACCAGAUUGGUGCCAAAUUUUUACGAUGUUUGUUCAUAUGAUGAGAGCCAGGAAGAUUUUAUUAAUUGGCAAGCUUAAAGGUUACAGUAUCCUUGCUAUCGCAGAAGAAUUGCCAGAUGAUGGCAAAAUCUUUGCAUGUGCAGAAGUGCCGUAUCUCGGAGUGAACAGCCAAGAAGCAUUUGAUUAUUCUUCAGAUGGUAAAAAGAUAAGCAUGCAAGUGGGACCAAUGGCAGACACUUUGGAGACAUUACAUGCUGAGGACGAGCACUUUGAUAUAGUCUUUAUUGAUGCUGAUCAAAGGAAUGCUGUUAACUACUACAGCUUUGUCAUGGAUAACCACUUGCUGAGAAUGGAUGGAGUGAUCUGUGUAGAGAAUACACUCAUGAAAGGACAAGUCUACCUGGAGAACAUAUCUGAUGAAAAUGUACUGGCUGUCAGAAAAUUAAAUACAGUGAUUAAUUCAGAUCCUCGUGUUCAGCAGAUAAUUUUACCUGUGCAGUGUGGACUGAGCAUCAUUCGAAGGAACUCUACACCUCCAGAUGCAGUGAUUGAAUCCAAGGUGUUGGUGAGGGAUGACGUCUUCUGGGGUUAUAACAGGCGCCGCAUCCUUGACCGGCUGCGUUUGGAUGACAAGGUGGCCUAUGUCACAGGCGGAGGGCAGGGAAUUGGAAGAGCCUUUGCUCAUGCAUUGGGGGAAGCCGGUGCUAAAGUGGCUGUUGUGGAUCUGGUCCUUGCAAAGGCAGAAACAGUGGCGUGUGAGCUCAGCCUCAAAGGGAUUAAAAGCUUUGCCCUCGCCGCAGAUAUAAGCAAACCCGAGGAUGUGCAAAGGGUCGUGGAUGCAAUCGUAGCACGCUGGGGCACAAUUCACAUCGCAUGCAACAAUGCGGGAAUCAAUAUGAACUCUGCAAGCGAAGACACUUCCCUGGAAGAAUGGGACAAAACUUUUAAUGUGAAUUUACGAGGAUUAUUUUUGUGCUGCCAAGCUGCAGGCCGCAUUAUGCUGAAUCAAGGAUAUGGGAAGAUAAUUAACACGGCAUCUAUGGCAAGUUUAAUAGUCCCACACCCGCAGAAGCAGUUGGCGUACAACGUCUCGAAAGCCGGGGUCGUAAAAUUAACACAGACGUUAGGAACCGAGUGGGUUGACAGAGGAGUAAAAGUCAACUGCAUCUCCCCGGGCAUCGUCGAUACGCCGCUCAUCCGCUCCAAGGACCUGCGGCCGCUGGUGCGGCGCUGGCUGGCGGACAUCCCUGCCGGGAAGCUGGCUCAGGUGACCGACCUGCAGGCUGCAGUCGUCUAUUUGGCCUCUGAAGCCUCAGACUACAUGACGGGCCAUAAUUUGGUCAUUGAGGGUGGCCAGAGCCUGUGGUAA